GUAUCCUGAACCAAUGCAAAUCACCGUUCACCGGGUCAAUACCAAUAACCCCCGGAGUACAUUAUCCCGUCGACAGGUUAAGGCAUAUGCCCGACAAGCGCACAACUCCGGCAAACAGGUUUACACUACCGAUCUGAGAGAUAUUCUCAACAAUCGGAAUUGCCCCAUAACUUUUAAUAUGGAGGAUGCUAAUCAUUUCGCCCAUCCUCAUUCCGACGCACUUGUUAUCACCGUCCCUAUCUGCGGGAUUCCAGUUCAUCGUGUCAUGGUGGACACUGGGGCCUAUUCGAGUAUUUUGAUGAUAAGAGCUUUUGAUAAAAUGGGUCUUGAUCCCGCCGAGAUUCGACCCUGCAAUGAUCAAAUACAAGGGUUUAAUGGGAGCAUUUCAAAGCCCAUCGGCGAAAUCACUUUACCUGUCCGAUUCGGCACUUCGGAGAAUGCCACCAAACUCAUCAUGAAAACUUUCAAGGUUAUGGAUAUCAAUAAUGAGUACAACGCCAUCAUUGGCAGAACGGCAUUGUAUAAACUUCGAGCUGCAGUCUCUAUCUUUCACUACGCCUUAAAAUUCCCGGCAACCCGAGGAGAGGGAACCCACUUCGGAGAUCAAAAAGAAACUCGCGAACUUGUUACGUUUAUCCCAUCCAAUGGAGUUCAUUCAACUUCAAUGGAACUUAUCUCGUUUCUCAAACAGAAUUCUGAUGUUUUUGCCUGGAAGCACGAGGACAUGAAGGGCAUCGACCCCGGUGUCGCUAGCCACAAACUAAACCUCGAUCGAACAAUCCGGCCUGUUGUGCAAAAGAGGAGGAAACUGGUGCCGGAUCGUCAGAAGGCAUUGGAAGAAGAAGUCAAAAAACUCAUUGACAACAAGUUCAUCAAGGAAGCCAAAUACCCGACGUGGGUCUCAAAUCCUGUUCUUGUUAAAAAGAGCAAUGGACUAUGGAGACUGUGCAUUGAUUUUUCCGACCUCAACAAGGCAUGCCCAAAGGACAGUUAUCCACUUCCCCACAUAGAUUACAUGGUUGAUGCCACGUCGGGAUAUGAGUUGAUGAGUUUCAUGGACGCUUACUCCGGCUACAAUCAGAUUCCUAUGGAUCCUGAAGAUUCUGAACACACGUCAUUCUAUUCGGCCCGAGGCUUGUACUGUUAUACUAUGAUGCCAUUCGGAUUAAAGAAUGUCGGAGCCACAUAUCAACGCCUUGUAAACAAAAUAUUCGCUACGUUGAUCGGUCAUACUAUGGAAGUUUACGUUGACGACAUGCUCGUCAAAUCGGUGCACGCCUCAAAUCAUAUAACAUAUCUUCAAGACAUGUUUUCCAUCCUUAGAUCUUACUCCAUGGUCUUAAACCCUAAGAAAUGUACUUUUGGAGUUGAGUCCGGAAAGUUUUUAGGCUAUAUGGUUAGCCAGCGCGGAAUUGAAGCCAAUCCGGCCAAAAUAAAGGCCAUUCAAGAGCUAACUCCCCCGACCUCGGUUAAGGGCGUUCAGGCCCUAACCGGCCGACUUGCUGCACUCAACCGAUUCAUCUCCAAGUCAACAUAUCGUUGCAGACACUUUUUUGAAGAAAUUAAGAAAGGAAAACGUUUUGAAUGGACCGAGGAAUGCCAAAAAGAUCUCGAUAGUAUCAAGAAGACGCUAGUCUCUCCCCCGACUUUGCAAAAGCCGAAACCCGAGGAAAUGUUAUUCUUAUACCUCGGAGUCAGUGAUUCUGCCAUUAGCGUUGUUUUGAUACGCGAAGAGGGAUCGCUGCAAUCACCUAUCUAUUACGUCAGCAAAGCCUUGCACGAUGCCGAACUAAGUUAUCCUCCGAUGGAAAAGUUAGCGUUUGCACUUGUGAUUGCAGCCCGUAAAUUGCGACCUUAUUUCCAAGAUCAUUCUGUAACUGUUCGCACUUCGUAUCCACUUCGGCAAAUCCUGCACCAACCUGAAACCUCGGGACGCAUGGUUAAAUGGGCCAUUGAGCUCAGACAAUUCAACAUCCAUUAUCAACCGAGGACCGCGAUCAAGGCUCAAGCCUUAUCUGACUUUAUCGCCGAGUUUACCCCGGCCAUCACAGUUCAUUAUAAUAAUCAACCAUGGGUCCUCUAUAUUGAUGGCUCCUCGACAGCUAACCGAGCAGGCGCAGGGAUAGUCUUAGCUGAUCCAGAAAACCGGUUAUUCUGUCACUCGGUGAAGUUUAUCUUCCCGGCAACGAACAAUGAAGCCGAAUACGAAGCGCUGCUAUCCGGAUUGAAUUUGGCAGAAUCCAUGAAC